AUUUGAAUUUCCUGAACGGUUAGAACUGGACCAAUUUCUACAUGAGAAAGAAAAGACUCCUGCCUCUUACAUUCUGCAUGCUGUGCUUGUACAUAGUGGCGACAACCAUGGGGGCCACUAUGUUGUAUAUAUUAACCCAAAAUGUGAUGAAAAAUGGUGCAAAUUUGAUGAUGAUGUCGUGUCCAGGUGUACAAAACAAGAGGCCGUUGAUAAAAAUUUUGGUGGACAUGAUGACGAAAUUUCUGUAAAACACUGUACAAAUGCAUAUAUGUUGGUGUAUAUACGAGAGAGUUGUAUAAAUGAGUCUUUACAUGUUAUGAGUGAGUCAGAUAUUCCACAAUGCUUAAUUGAUAGACUAGCAGAAGAAAGACGUAUGGAAGUGCAAAAGAGAAAAGAGAGAACAGAGGCACACUUGUAUAUGAAUGUUCAGGUUGUGACAGAGGACCAUUUUUAUGGUCACCAAGGCAAUGAUCUCAUGGAUCUGGAGAAAGCCAACUUUAGGUGAGGCUCUUGUUCAAGGCUUAGCAAAGCCAUU